AUGGCCGGAUCAUCCGGCCCCCUGGAGCAAAUUCAGACGCGCAGAGACCGCCGCGCCCACGCCGUCGCCGUCGCCCACGCGUGCUCCCACGCCGUCGCCAUCUUCGCCGCCGUCGCCGACGCGCAGAGCCGACGCGCCAUCGCCGUCGCCCACGCCGUCGCCAGCCGCUCUCCCCUCCUCCGCGCGUCGGCAACCCGGCCAAGCUUCCGCCCCAGGCCCACCUCGCCGUCGCUCGCCCAAGCACGCGCGCCACCAGGCCCACUCCACCGCGCAUCCACGCCGGCCAGGCUCUUCUCCGCGCGCCCCCGGCCGAUUCAGCCCGAGCCGCCGCUCGCCCCACGCACCUGCGGGUCAACGCCCAAUGCUCCCCGGCCGCGCGCCUCCUUGCCGCUGAUUUCCCAUCGCGCGGCCAAGCCACCGCCUCCAUCCACCGCGCGCACGAGCUGCGCAUCACGCGCCAGGGCCCCGCCCGCCUCCCGCCGCUCAGCCAUCGCCCCGCAGCAGCCGCCGCUCGCCAACCGCCCUUGCCGCUCGCGCGCAAGCGGCGGCAGCCGCUGCUCGAUUCAUCCCGCCGCCGGCCUCGUGCCAACCACCUGCCCGCCCGCCCUUGCUGUUCACCUGCGCGCGCGCCAGGCCCAAGGCCACGCUCGUCCUCGCCUCCCUGCGCGCCAAGCCACGCACAGGCCCGCCCCCACCUCCCGCCGCCCACGCCUGGACUUCUCCCGUCGAGCACGCCCCGCCCUUCUCUGCUCGCUCGCCCAGCGCAAAAUCCGGUCAGACCGGAUUUCUGACCGGGCCGUCCGGUCUGCAACCGGGGCUCAGACCGCCGGACCAAGGAUUCUCGCCUUCGCGGUGCUCUGGGAGGGCAGGGGCCAACGACUGUCGUCUGAUUUCGCGCUGGUACGCUUCCACUCGCUGCUGCAAUUAGUGAGGGCACCAUCCGGACAAAAUCGCCGCCAGCACCUCCGCCAAAUCGCCGGCGCGGCGCGACCUCCUCUUGUCUCCGCCUCCAGCGGUGGCAUCCCCUAUCUCCAUCUCAACUGCCACCUCAAGCUCCCACAACCAAUCGAUGGGGAGAACCGGUGGCGGCAGUGA